ACUUCUGCAUUGAAACAGUGAAGCCGAAGCCUGAAUCGGCGACACCGCUCUCUUGCUUACGUUACAGACAUCUUUUUCUUUUUUUUUUUCUCUCCUUCAUACUUCUCCUCGUCGACUGCCGGGCUUUUACCGAAUUCUUGCCAUAAACCGGUCAGAUCCUUAAACCCUAAUUGUUAUCCCAGAUCGGGAGCUCUUCCGUUAAAUGGAAAUUUCUGGUUUUAAUAACUCGAAUUGAUUAGGUGUAAAAUAAUAAAUACGAGAUGCAGAUGCGGGGAGAUUUUUGGUUUUCGAGAUAGGAGCAUUGGUUACAGGAUAUCGGUUUUGGGUUUGCAGAUAAGGGGAUUAUAUAACGCUUUUUCUUUGGUUCAUUUGACUUUGCUUUGGAGGCUGUUCUGGGUUGUCUGUUUUUUUGGUCAAGGGGCUGUUCUGAAUUGACUUGUUUCUCAGAUUGGUGCACGGUAAGAGCUUGGGAAGAAAGAAAAGGAAAUUCUAGGUUUUGUUUAUCGUGAAGAAUCUGAUGCUUGGAAGUGGUGAAGUUUGCUUUUUAUUUUUGUUUGCCGUUUGAUGACUUAAAAACUGUUUGAAUGUGAUCGGUGGCGCAUGUGAAGUUCUCAGAUUACUUUAGAAUACUGGAUUUUUUUUUUCCUAGGAAGAGUAUGAUUUGAAGUUUGGAUGGGAUCGAGGGAGAGUUCGAUGAAUGUGAGGUUUAAGAGUACUCAAAGAUGGAUCUUACUGAAAGAUAAUUUGAUUGACGGCCGUAGUGUGGGAACUGUGGAUCUUGGGAGUGAGAAUGGAUCUUUCUGAAAGAUAUAUUGGAAUCAAUUCGAUGAAUAGUUGUGAGCCUUCGUUAGAAUAGUUACAGGGUUUUGGUAAUUGGAAACCAAUAUGGCUAUCACGGAUAUCUCAAUCAUACAUCACGUCGCCAUUGUGUUCGCUUUGCUUUGGGCCUUGUCUUCUUUCAAUUGCUGUCAUCCUGCUGUUUACUUCAUAUCCUUAAUCUAUCUAUAUCAGGUCCAUGUGCGUUAUAGCAUGCGGCUGCGAAGGAAAGUACAGUUUGAGGAAAGAAAACAAGCAAAUCAGAGAAGGGUGCUUUCUGAUUCAGAGACAGUCCGGUGGUUAAACCAUGUAGUGGAGAAGAUCUGGCCUAUAUGCAUGGAGCAGAUUGCAUCACAGAAAAUCCUUCUUCCCAUUAUUCCUUGGUUUCUGGAAAAGUAUAAACCAUGGACUGCUAAGAAAGCAGUUAUCCAGCAUCUUUACAUGGGAAGGACCCCUCCAAUGUUUACAGAUAUACGGGUCCUUCGUCAAUCUGCUGAUGAUGAUCACCUGGUUCUUGAGUUGGGAAUGAAGUUUCUUUCGGCAGAUGACAUGAGUGCAAUACUUGCUGUAAAAUUAAGAAAGAGAUUUGGAUUUGGCAUGUGGGCGAAAUUGCAUGUGACAAGCAUGCAUAUUGAAGGGAAGGUUUUGAUUGGUGUGAAAUUUCUCCAUGAGUGGCCUUUCCUUGGGCGUCUGCGGUUAUGCUUUGCUGAACCACCUUACUUCCAAAUGACAGUAAAACCUAUCUUUAACCAUGGAAUUGAUGUUACAGAACUUCCAGGAAUUGCAGGGUGGUUGGAUAAACUUCUUGCUGUUGCAUUUGAAGAGACACUUGUGGAGCCCAAUAUGUUGGUUGUUGAUGUUGAAAAGUUUAUCUCAGCACCAGCAGGUGGUUGGUUUUCUGUGUAUGAGAAAGAACCCAUUGCUUAUGCCAGAGUGGAAAUUGUGGAAGGAAUUGACAUGAAACCAUCUGAUCCAAAUGGAUUGGCUGAUCCGUAUGUUAAAGGGCAACUUGGUCCAUACAAGUUGGUUGAUCCGUAUGUUAAAGGGCAACUUGGUCCAUCCGUAUGUAAAACACUGGCUCCAAAGUGGCAGGAGGAAUUCAAAAUACCCAUUUGUACAUGGGAAUCACCCAAUGUUCUAACUCUUGAAGUUCGUGACAAAGACCAUUUCCUUGAUGAUACCCUUGGAGACUGUUCGGUAAACAUUACUGACCUAAGGGGAGGACAGAAGCAUGACCUGUGGUUGCCUCUUCGGAACAUUAAAAUGGGAAGACUUCAUCUAGCAGUAACUGUACUUGAUACCAAUGGCAAGAGAGAAAAUCUAUUUGGGGAACUAUCGACCAAGAAAGAAAAUACCAGCCUGGAUCCGAAUGGAAUUUCUGAGAAAGGUUCUGAUUCAACUUCAAUGACAGAUCAGUCUCAAAAAAUAGCAGAUAAAUUUGAACCCAUUAACAUUGAAGGGAAACAGCAGGUAGGAGUAUGGGUUCAUCACCCAGGAAGUGAUGUUUCACCAACUUGGGAGCCUAGAAAGGGGAAGAGUAGGAAAUUUGAUACCCAAAUAUACAGAGAGGAUCUCUCCACUGACCACCUUCAUUCAGCAUCAGGUGGGUCCCAAUGCAAUGAUGACAGCAGCAGUGAUGAAAAUUCAGAAGGAAAGAACCGAGGUCCUCUUAACAUGGUUUGGAGGAGCCUGGAGAAAAUUGGUUCAGCAUUCCACAGAAGUCCUAGAAAGGAGGAAUCCACCAAUAUGAGAGACAGUAUUCCCACACCCCGUGUCAACCUUAGAGCAGUCAAUGAGAGGACAAUGCCUCUAAAAAUUAUUCUGGGUGAUAGUAUCACAGGUGGUCUAACUGCCCAAGAGCCAAAAGCUGAUGAUGGGACAUUGAACCCUGAGACAGAGGGGCCAGGCAAGGAAAACAUUAAAGGUAUGGAAAAUAGCAUUCUGGAGAAUGCUGAAAGGUCUGCUCAUGGUGUAAAGCAUGUUCUUUUCAGGAUGGGGUCAAACAGGUCUAAGGGUGAUACAUCAUCUGUAUCAAACGAUAAAGAUUUACUGUCAGUCUUGACUGAGAACCUUCAGGAAUCUGACUCAUCUGAUGAAUUAUCCGUAUCCUCAUCAAAGGAUCAUGCUUCAGUGAUUGAGGGAAUCCCAAUUGAUAGGGAAUUUACUGCAGUGGUUGAGGGAAUCCCAAUUGAUUCCACUCCAAUAAAUGGGCAGGUUGCAGAAUCCCCCAAGGAGCAAAAUGUCUUGGAGAGCCUGUGUGAUUCUGCAACAAAUACCAAAGAAACUUCGGAUGUGGAAAUGGAAAACAAUGUGGUGAGUUCCUCUGAAUUACAUGGUGAUGGACUAGUUGAAGAAUCUUCAGACCCAAAGCUGAGAGAGAACUUGGCUGCAAAUGAAUGAUGGGAUGAUAAGCUUGGAAGAUGCGAAUUUGCUGAAGGUGGCCUCAGAUUAAUUGCUUUGGUGAAAUUUAAGAACUUGAUGACAAAUCAUUUAGUUGGCUGGAUCUAUCUGUGUACUAUAUCUCAUUCUCUUGUUUAGAACUUUAAAUUGCAUUUUUAGAUUCAAGGAGAAACUCAGAACCGGGCAUGGUGAAUGUGAUGACAUAUUAUUUGAGUUAUUGCCUGUUGAUUCAUAUGGAGGAUAUUUGUAAGAAAAAAUCAUAUAAACAAUGUACCUGAGUUUUUGUAGGUUGUACAAUUGUAAUUUAGAGGAAUACUCCCAUCUUACCUUUCUAUAAUUGUUUUUGUGCAUUUAA